GUGGGUGGCAGAGUGCAGGGACAGAAGGAGAGGAGAGAGGAGGGCAGGACUGGCAGGGUGCGGUCUGAAGUGGCAACAGAUCGUUUCGGAUCACUCAAAUCCCUUCAAUUCAGCUGGAAAGCUGCAGCUCGUAGCCGGCGUCGCAUGUGGAGAGGAGAAGGCUUCCAGAUCCAUUGCGCGCACCAACCAAAGAGCGGUCGAGAGCGGACUGGUUCCCAGAGCAGAGAGGCAGAGAGGGCGAGAAACCACAACACUGAAAACUUGGAUAUCAGUCACCGCUCCCUCUCUCUUUGAGUCUCUCAACCACCAAAUCGACUUUGAACCUGUUUGUUUAAAUACACGCACUUUACUGCCUGCAAACUUACUGUUGGUUCUGCAAGGCGGAGGCAGCGCAGUUUCUCUAUUUGGGUUCUUUUUUAUUUGGGGGAAAAAAAAAGUUUUUCGGUGUCCUCAUGGUGUCCGGUGCUGCCGAGGUGCUGAUCUUCUUCUAUCCGAGCUUUUCGGACGUGAUGUCGCGACUGUCACGGACGAUGGAGUCGGGACCUGAGCCGGGGAGGCACUGAACACGGUCUCUCUCCCCAGGGAGAGUUCUCCCCUCCCUUUCCCGGGGCGAUGCGGAUCUCCUUCCUCCCUCUCACCGCCUCUCUGUGUGCCUUGGUCCUCCUCCUCGCACCUGCCACGGAGGGCUGCGGGCCGGGGAGGGGGUACGGUAAGAGGCGGCUCCCGAAGAAGCUCACGCCGCUCGCAUACAAGCAGUUCAGCCCCAACGUCGCCGAGAAGACCCUGGGAGCCAGCGGGCGACCCGAGGGCAAAAUUACGCGCAACUCGGAGCGCUUUAAAGAGCUGACGCCGAAUUACAACACAGACAUUAUCUUCAAGGAUGAGGAGGACACGGGCGCAGACAGGCUCAUGACCCAGCGUUGUAAAGACAAGUUGAAUUCUCUAGCCAUCUCCGUGAUGAACAUGUGGCAGGGCGUGAAGCUGAGGGUGACAGAGGGCUGGGAUGAGGACGGCCACCACUCGGAGGACUCUCUGCACUACGAGGGACGCGCCGUUGACAUCACCACGUCAGACAGGGACAGAAAUAAGUAUGCCAUGUUGGCACGGUUGGCAGUAGAAGCUGGAUUCGACUGGGUCUACUACGAGUCCAAAGCCCAUGUUCACUGUAGCGUCAAGUCAGAACACUCUGUGGCAGCCAAAACCGGUGGUUGUUUCCCAGGCGAUGCUCAGGUUACUCUUGAGGGAGGGGCUACAAAACAGAUACGUGAACUUCACCCCGGUGACCGUGUAUUAGCUUCCUCAUCGACAGAUGGCAGCGGUCCUCUUCUCUACAGCCCAGUUUUAUCCUUCCUGGACCGGCAGCCCAACGCCACAAAGACCUUCUACGUCAUUGGCACCGACGCAGGACUUAAUAUUACGCUCACAGCUGCUCACCUGAUCUUUGUCACAGAAUGCACUGGUGGGCAGAGAGAGCUGGGACGGGAGGAGGAAGUUAAAGAGUCACUUUCUGGCUCCAUACUGGGGCGUAGGCCUCGCUGGGAAGCAGAUAUGAAGUCAGUUUUUGCCAGCGAGGUCCGUCCAGGACAGUGCGUACUCACGCCACAAGGGAAGGUGGGGUCAGAGGCAACAUUUUCUGUUGUGUCCUUUGUGGACGAGCAGAUGAGCACCGGACUGUACGCCCCACUCACCCAGCACGGGUCUAUAGUGGUGAACGGUGUGCUGGCGUCCUGCUACGCUGCUGUGGACAAUCACCACUUGGCCCACUGGGCCCUGUCCCCGCUGAGAUUCUUCUAUAGCCUGAUAGGGCCGUUAGAACCGCAGACUGAAGGGCUGCACUGGUAUCCCCGGCUUCUACAGAGCCUGGGGCAAACGCUGCUGGACGAUGGACACUUCCACCCCUGGGGGAUCGAGCAAGGACAUAGAUAGGAUCCACAGAGACACUUCAUGAGUGCCAAAGCAAGGAGCACAGCUGUCUCUCUCUCCACAUAGGGAAGCGAUAGAGGGACCAACAAAGACAAUUGAUUUAAUUGUGUAAAUGUAUUUUGUACUAAAUCUACUUGCCUGUAUUUGCUGUACUUCAACAAAUUCCAUUUUGUGGCACAAGAAACAUCUUAUAAAUCAAAAUCUAAUUUAUAGAUUAAACACCAACACAAAUUCACUCCCGUUCAAUCCGCUAACUGUAGAAUCACAAAACUGCUCAGUGUGUAGGAUUUAUGAGCAUCUAUUGGCAGAAAUGGAUAUAAUAUCAAAAGUGUUGUAUUCAUCUGUGUACAGUCGCCUGACACUAAACUUCAUUGUGUUUUUGUUACUUCAGAUUGAGGCUCUAGAUCUAGUUCACUAGCAGGUCCUCUUCCUCUGAGGCUGCCAAGUUGCGCUGCUAUGUUUCUACAGUAGCCUGGAGCGGACAAACCAAAUACUGGAUCUAGAGAGGACCAUCUCUUUCCUUGUUGUUACCUGAAGGCCACUGUAGAUUCUAUUACCCACUUAGAAAGAUCGGGGUGAAGGAAGACCGUAUUUAGCUGGUUGCUAUCUGCAACUUCACCACUAGAUGCCACUAAAUCCUACACACUAAGUACUUUAAAUCGAUGACUUACAUCAAAAAAGUAGGUAUAGAGAAGUAAGACAAUCAGGAUUCCUCAUUCCGUUUGUACUGUAUUUACUGUAAUCUUUCAACAUUUCUGCAUUUGAUAUCAAGCUGGGACAUACUGUUACUGUUAGAAGAGAUUAACACAUGAGGUGAAGGAAACUAGGGACCGAAGAUUUAAAGCUCUGUGUGUACAUAGGUAUUUAUACAGUUAAGUGAUAUUAUGAAGAAAGACAAAAAUUGAACUCUACUGUUGACAAUCCUUAUUUCAGUCUAUAGAGCCUAAGGUGUAUGUCCGAAUAAAUUGACAAAACAAUAUUUAACUAGUAAACCUCUGAAUCUCAUUAUAAUGUGUAGGGUGAGGUUCUAUGUAAUGACUGAAUGCAGUGUCAAUAUGCUGGUGUUGCACUGUAGUUGCGCAACCAAAAAGAGCUACGUUGGAAAGACUGUCAGGGAUCGAUGAUGGACUGUGUCGCAUUGGUUUUAGGAGUCUUUCUGCCACAAUCAUCCAACUUGAUCGUAUCAGACUGAAUCAUAGGGUUAAUUUUUUUUACGUCUUAGUGUUUUGAUCAGAUAUUUUGUGACAUGUUUUUUUUGUCAUCAGGUUUCAGAUUUUCAGUUUUCAGGUCAGUAGUCCCUUGGUAAGACACACACGAUACUCAGGCUGUAUUCAACUACUGUAUUAAGCAACAGCUAUGCAUCUUGAUGAAUAACCGUUAUCUUUAAUCUUGAAUAGAAAACUUCCUUUAUGUUUACAUUUACAUUUUUGUAUUUCAUCUGUCAACCAAGACCGCUUUUGGCCGAGGUUCAGAAAAUCCUAUUUCAUUUUACCCAAGCGUCCCUUGAGGAAACACUCGAUGAGCACAUUCUGUGACUCAAACAAGAACAUUUGCAAAUAUCUAUAGGAACUCCAAGGGCUUUCUUCUAUAUGCCUGCUCAACGAUUUGUUAAAUAUGUAUAUUAAGCUUUUGUUGGAGAGACUAUUUAAAGAUCUAUUUUUAGAAAAUAAUGUUAACUAUUGUUAUUUUUGGCAACUAUGUGCAUACAAUUUGUAUUUUAAACAUAAAGUUGUUUUUUUAAACCCAAA